AUGAAUGAUGAUGAACAGCAUAAACUAACUGUCGAAACUGAAACUGUCGAGGCACCGGCUUCAACAUCAUUAUUACCUAAUAAUAAUAAUAAUAAUAACAGCAUCAAUAAUAAUUCAAUUAGCAAGCUAAAUCUAAAUAACAAUGCUAAUAGUACCUCAUCUAUUUCCAUAACUAGAAAUAUUGAAAGACCAUUAUCCAGCAAAGCUUCUUCAGAAGUAAACAUAAUGUAUCCAAGCUCAUCAUCAAAAAAUAUUGCAAGCAAUCUUAUUUCUACUGAACAUGAUAUUAAGAAUAAAAAUAAACCAAAUAACGAUAAUACUAAAUCAAUAAAAGCACAGAUACCUAUAAAUACUGACACACCAAAACAAAAUAACCUUUUCCACUCAUCAACUAAUAACAAUUCUUCAAAUCCUACAAAGCUUAACACAAAACCUAGUUCGAAUGAUAACAAUUCCACAUCUAAUCUUACCACUUCUGAUCGCCCUAAAGUACCUAAAACUACAAGCGAUAUUUCAAUACCCAAACAUUUAAUUGACCAUAAUCCAUUAUCAUCACAUACAGUUCAAAAUUCACUCAAGAAUAAAAAGAGUACUCUAUUGAUUGAAUCUAUACCGACAACUAUAACUUCAAAAUCCAAAUUAAGGCAUUCAAAUGAUUUAGGCAUCCCUCAUGAUGAUAAAGAUUCAAGAAAAGAAACCGUCAAAGGAUUUACAUCUUCAAAGCUAAAUGAUUCUAAUGAAUUAAGCAAAACUUCUUCAAGUUUACAGAAUUCUCCACUGAAAGGAAAUUUCAAUAUUAAUGAUAGUCAUACUAAUCCUCCUAGUGGUAAUGAUGCUAUCAAGACUAUAAGUAGCGAAAAAACUAAUCCAGACUCCCAAAACUCUUUAACUACGUUGAGUAAACGGGGUACACCGAUAAGUAACAACAAUAAUGCUAUAACGAACAUGCCUAACUUAUCAACUUCGAACGUAUCAUCCUAUACCAAACCAUCACAACAUCAUUCACAAAGUCCUGUUUUUAAUGAUCAAUAUAUUCAAAGCCAAAAUCAACAGUCACAACAACAAAACCUCACUAGAAGCAGUGAAUUAAAACCUCCUAAAAUUAUCGAGAGACCAUCUGUGACAAUGAUGAAUUCACGAGACAUACUAUUAGAAGAUACAAGGGAUGAUCAUAAAUCAAAUAAUUUACCUGCUAUAGUUUCUAACAGCACUCAAUUGGCUUCACAACAAGAUGCCGAUUCAUUAAACAAGACUAAAAAAACCGAGUUUUUUGCUGCAAGAUUAGCUUCUGCAGUUGAUGAAAAUGAAAUCAGUGAUUCAGAAGAGACUUUUGUAUAUGAAUCUGCAGCCAAUUCUAUCAAAAACGUUCAAGGAGUGAUUAGAAAUGAUAUAAACUUACCGACAUUUGACAGCAAUAACAAUAUAAAUACUCAAUCAAUUUCCAACAAACAAUAUGGUAUUCCUUCAAAAUUAAGUGUCCCUUUACUUACCUCAAAUACUAAGUUGUUAAAUAGGUUGAAAAAUAAUACAAGACAUAUAAGUGUAGGAGGGAUACCAAAUAAUAACAAUAACAAUAACAAUAAUAACAAUAACAAUAAUAAUGCUAACAUAACUAAUAUAAACACCACAACUAAUUCUAAUAUAAAUCUUAAUAAUAAUAAUCUUAAUACAAACAACAAUAACAAUAGUAACUUAACAAGUCCUCUCCAAGCUAUUUCUUCUCAAAAUACCAUAACCCCACUUAUUAAUAAUUCAUCUAAAAUUGUUCCUCAUGCCAAGAAUGACGAUUUGACAAGCGUUCGCUCUACUACAAAGAGUGAGAGAAACCAAGACCGUCAAUCAAUUAGUUCCUAUGUAUCAGAGCAUAAAUCCCCAAGUAAAAUGAAAAGUAUUGCCUCCUUAGUCCGUAUAAAUGGUGGGAAUCCUAAUGAGCUUUAUAGUGGUAUAACAAAUAACCAAAAUGUUAAACAUACUCCAUCACAACAACCACCAUCACAUCAUCCUUAUCAAAACCAAAGUAGAGUAACAAGUAAUGCCGUUUAUGAUUCAAUUAAUACAUCACCUCGAAAACCUUCUAUGUCGAAUGGUAUGCAUCAACAACCUAAAUCAUCACCGUCUGGUGUUAUGCCUCGAAUUCGACAAUUUAUUCCAAACAAGAACAGUGUUAAAAAAAUGAAUAGCAAGAGACAAUUGAGAACUACUGCAUCUAAAAUAUUUGAUGCUAAUGGGGCCCCAUUAAGAAGAUAUUCUGGGGUUCCUGAUCACGUUAACUUGGAAGAUUAUAUCGAUUGGAAUGAAAGCAACAUUGGUUUAGUCAAUGAAGGCAACGGUAAUAGUUCAGUAACACAUGCUACUAUGGCACAUCAUAAUAUACUUGCGUAUGAUAAUGCAGGCAAUCCCAACAGUAGAUUUGCGAAUGCUAGGUAUAGUAGAGACUUUGAAGAUAAUGGCCAACAUUACAAAGAUACUAAGACUAUCAGUGGAAGCUAUUCCACCAAUGCCGCUUUAAAUAGUAACAUGAGUCCAGCUCGUAUGAAUCCCAACCGUAUGUCUAUUGUUACUAACAAUACAGCGAACACUUCUACAUUGAAUAAUAAUUCUCAUGGCAACCAUAACACAAAUGUACCAAACUCUAGAGAUGAUAAUACAAUGAAAAGAGAUAGUAAUGAAGAAGAUGUUGAUUAUGAUAAUACCGAUGAUCAAUCCAUGUUUUAUUAUAACCAUCGAACCGAUUUAGAAGCUCGCCCUCAAAUAUCUGAUUUUGAAGGAGCAGAGGAAGAUGAAGAAGUAAUUGGUAUCGAAGGAUAUGAUGAUGAUGAUGAACAUAUGCAUCGUAACUCUCAAUAUAAUGAAAAUAAUAGCAAUGCCAAUAACAAUGGGAGUGAUACAGAUUAUUUUAACUAUGACUAUAAUACAUAUGGAAGCCAUUAUAGCAAUGGUGAGAAUAACAAUGGUUAUCUGUAUUCCAACCACAAUGAUCUGAAUGUGAAUCAUAUACGAAAUCCAUCACAACACCAACAAGAAUUUUCUAAUGACUAUAUGACAGCAGGGUCUCUUUAUCAAAAUUAUAAUGGUAUAAGAAAUAAUCCAAACGUGACCACUAAUCAUCCUUAUUUCAAUGGUAAACAUGGGGAAUAUCAUGAAAAUUCACCGUUAAUAAUUAGUAGACAGUAUACGGGAAGUAGUAAUCUUGGUUACUCUCCUCAUAAUUUCAUUGCUAAAAAAUCCUCAUGGAAGAAAUUUAAAAAUUGUUUAUAUUUUUCAUUCAGCAUAAUAUUUUUCAUUACAUUUGGAUUCAUCAUUGGAUUUUUAUUAGCCACUAAUAAGGAAUUACAAGGGUUUAAAUUGAUUAUGAUUGAUAAUGUGAUUUCUAGUAUCGAUGAAUUGGUCUUUGAUAUUACAGCUAGUGCAUUUAAUCCUGGGUUUUUCCCCAUUAUUAUCCAGGAGGUGGAAAUGGACAUUUUUGCCAAGAGUUCAUAUACUAAUUCAAAAGAUUAUAUUAAGAUCCUACAACCUGAUGAAUUAUACAGGAAAGAUCACAUUCAAUCAAUAACGUUACAAAAUGAGGUAGCCAAACCUACCUCAGAAACCAUAUUGCUAGGGUCUGUCUAUUCACUAGAAACCCCGUUACAUUUCCAAGCUGGAUUUUUCAAGAGAUACUAUGACAUCUCCACUUCAGGGAUUAAACUAGUGGAUCCAGGUAAAGACCGUUCCCCUAAGGACGGUAAUGACGGUAGCCAGCCAGACACCGACCCUGAUAUGGAUCCUGAACAACAAGACAGGCCAUUAGUAACAACUCCGAACAACUCACAGAGGACAGAACGCCAGAAAUGGGAAAGCCUGAUCAAAUAUGAGUAUGAAUUGAUCAUCAAGGGGACAUUGAAAUACACGAUACCAUUUUUCAAGAGCCAGAAAUUUGUAUCGGUCCAAAAAUCGACCACUGUCCACCCAGGUGACGGCGGCCUCAAACGUUUGCUAUCCUAA